AGUACCAGCUGACUGACCACGUGACUAUGAGGAAGCGUCAACAACGUGAGGGACCUGCAACCAGACAUGCUCGGCGUUUUGGCUGUUUUGAUGAUCCAUUUGGUCUGUAUGGACAAAGCGCUUAUAUGCAGGGCUCACUCCGAGCCCGCCACCUCGCCGGGUUUAGCGAGUUGCGGCUGUGAGAGUUUGAAAAGAGACGCUGUUGUGGGGGAAAGCACAGCAACGGAGAAGCCAAAUGUAAAAUAUUCCAGAGACGCCAAUGAGAUGCAGUCUGACACACAGGCAGGCGAGAACAUGCUAAGUCAGAUGGUGCUGAUUGCUGGUGGAGAAUUUCUAAUGGGAACAGACAACCCAGGCAUCCCUAGUGAUGGUGAGGGCCCUCAGAGACGGGUCCACGUGGACUCCUUCUACAUGGACAUCCAGGAAGUCACCAACCGGCAGUUCCAGAGCUUUACCAAUGUCACAGGCUAUGUGACGCAGGCAGAGAAAUUUGGGGACUCUUUUGUUUUUGAAGGAAUUCUCAGUGAGACGGUCAAAAGCCAGAUCACACAAGCGGUGGCUGUUGCCCCCUGGUGGCUUCCAGUUAAAGGGGCAAACUGGAGACAACCUGAGGGCCCUGACUCCAACAUCACAGAUAGGAUGGAUCAUCCUGUUGUUCAUAUAUCCUGGGAAGAUGCUGCUUCCUAUUGUACCUGGGCCAACAAGAGCCUACCAACGGAGGCAGAGUGGGAGUACGCCUGCAGAGGCAAUUUAAAAGACAGACUUUAUCCCUGGGGAAAUCGACUGAACCCAAAAGGGCAACACUAUGCCAACCUCUGGCAAGGAGAGUUCCCUCACAAUAAUUCUGCAGAAGAUGGAUACGUCAAAACCUCACCGGUGAUGUCUUUUCCCGCCAAUGCUUUUGGUCUGUUUGACAUGGUGGGCAAUGCUUGGGAAUGGACGUCAGACUGGUGGACUGUGCAUCAUUCCACCGAACAGCAACACAAUCCAACAGGUCCUCCAACAGGCACUAACAAAGUCAUGAAAGGGGGAUCAUACAUGUGUCACAAGUCAUACUGUUACCGGUACCGCUGUGCUGCGCGAAGCCAGAACUCUGCGCAGAGCUCUUCCUCCAAUCUUGGUUUUCGUUGCAUCUCUCAGGAGACACGCUGACUUGCACUUGAGCUCCUGCUUCACAUUGUUUUUGUGAAUUGCUGAUUGGGCUUCUUCCAACAACCUUUAACCUUUUUUUUUUUGUGUUAUUUUUAUUUAUUUUUUUUACCUUUUAGAGCAAGUUUCAGUCUGUCAACUUGACCAAAUGAUUUAAUGUAUUUUUUUCUUUCAUUUUUAUGAAAAAUAAAUUAAAACCUAAUUUUGUAA